AUGUAUUUCAAUUAUAAAAGUGCGUGUGGGAGCUGUGGAUUUGGCUCUUGCUGUGGCUGUGGGUAUGGCUGUAUACAGAGCACCCACUGUGGCUGUAACGGUUAUCAUGGUUGUCGUGAAAAUAAACAUUCUGUUGUAGAUGAUUCUACAUUUUUUUUUUGCUUCUAA